AUGUUGCAGGAACAGGGUCCAUUGCUCAUCAGCGCGGACGGGGGCCUGAUGAGAAAUCCGUACAGCUGGACCAAGCAGGCCAACCUCUUGAUCCUCGAGAGCCCCGGUGGCGUGGGCUACUCCUUCUGCGCCGCCAUGAAGACGGGCGGCAACUGCAACAACACCGACGUCACUACGGCCGCCGCGGCCCGGGCUGCGCUGCAGGACUUCUUUGUGAAGCUGUUUCCGGAGUUCAAGGACAACGAGUUCUUUAUCACAGGAAUUGCAGUGGGCGAUCCCUGCACGGACUAUCCAUCUCAGCAUGAGUCGAUGGACAUGCUUUGGUACGCGCACAAGCACGGCUUCAUCCCGGAUGGAGACUUCGACUUCCUGUGGAACAACUGCUCCAUGAGGCAUCCAUCGCUCCUCACCCAGGGCGCGUGGCGCCGCGAAGCGGGCAAGUGGGCUGUGCGCGAGUCUCUGCAGGGGGACCUGAAGGGCGAGUGCAAGUUGGCGUACCGCCGCUUCCUGGCGACGUCCUCGCGGGGCAUCUCGCAAAGCUGGCCCAAGGCCUACAUCAACGAGCUGUCGCUCUUCUCGGACGCCUCCGUGCUGGACUGGAAGGCCCCCAAGACCCUGGACUACUACACCUCGCACUGGAUGAACCGCCCGGAUGUCAAGAAGGCCUUGCACGUGGAGGAGGCCCCGGUGAAGUCGUGGCCUGGCCCGGCGGAUGGGUGGCAGUACACCAGCAGCUGGAACGCCUGCAACAACGCCCCGGGCAAGGCCAGCAUGGUGGACUUCUAUCGCUACAUCGCCCCCAAGAUGCGGACCACCAUUGUGUUCAACGGAGACACGGAUCCGUGCGUCUCCUACGAGGGCACCCGCAAUGCCAUCGAGAAGGUGAACUUUGCGAUCCUGCCGGGUGGCAACUACCGGCCUUGGUUCUACAACAAGUCUGCGGCCUCCAUCGACACGUUGCAGAAGAAGCCGAACCUCUUCGGGCCAAACCUGGAGCUCCGGGAUGCCGGCGCGCAGUUCGGCGGCCACGUGGUGAACUACGAGCACGGCCUCUCCUUCGCCACAGUGCACGGGAGCGGGCACAUGGUGCCGCAAUUUCGGCCCCAAGCAGCAGAGCGCCUUCUGAACCGCCUUCUCUCUGGCAGCAACUUUGCACCUUUCCUGCCAACGGAUACGGAGCUCAUGGGGAUGAGCGAUGACGCCUUUGACAAGUCCGUGGACGAUUGGACUGUCAAAGCCGAAGCGGACGUUGCUGGCAAGGUCGGCAAGGUUGAGCAACUGAUUGUGUGA